GGGACUCUUCCCAUUCUGAGAACACCCAAACAGCGAAGAGCAGAAGCCAAUGGAAUCAAACAUCAGUGUCAGCAUGGCCUAAGAGAGACGUGAAGCUUCCAGACCCCACCAUCUAUGGGAAAAGUCUCCUGCUGUGGCAUGGGGUAAAGACAGCAGAUGAAAAAUGACAGCAAGAUUCCUAAGGACAACUUUUGCUUUGCUCUUCCUUGGUCUCUUUGAGGUCCUGGGGACAACAACAAUAUCGUGCAGAAAUGAAGAAGGUGAAGCUGUGGAUUGGUUUACCUUUUAUAAAUUACCUAAAAGGCAAGUGAAGGAAAAUGGAGAGACUGGCUUAGAGUACCUAUAUUUAGACUCUACAACUAGAAGUUGGAGGAGGAGUAAACAACUAAUAAAUAACACCGACAGUGUUUUGGGAAGGACAUUACAACAGCUUUAUGAAGCAUAUGCCUCCAAGAAUAACAACACAGCCUAUCUAAUAUACAAUGAUGGAGACCCUAAAUCUGUCAGUUACAGCAGAAAGUAUGGACACACAAAAGGUUUACUCUUGUGGAACAAAGUCCAGGGGUUCUGGCUGAUUCAUUCCAUUCCACGGUUUCCUCCAAUUCCUGAAGAAGGCUAUGAUUACCCACCCACAGGAAGACGAAAUGGACAAUCUGGCAUCUGCGUAACUUUCAAGUACAACCAGUAUGAAGCAAUAGACUUUCAGCUCUUGGUCUGCAAUCCAAAUAUCUACAGCUGCUCCAUCCCAGCCACCUUUUGCCAGGAGCUUGUUCACAUGCCCCAGCUGUGUGCCAGGUCCAGCUCUUCAGAAAUCCCUGUCCGGCACCUUGCCACACUUCAGUCUGCCCAGGGACAACCCUUUCUCCAUUUUGCAAAGUCUUAUUCUUUUCUUGACGACAUCUUUGCAUCUUGGAUGGCUCAACAGUUGAAGACACACUUGCUAACAGAAACCUGGCAGCGAAAGACACAAGAACUUCCUUCAAACUGCUCCCUUCCUUACCAUGUCUACAAUGUCAAAGCAAUUAAGAUAUCUGAGCACUCCUAUUUCAGUUCUUAUCAGGAUCAUGCCAAAUGGUGUGUUUCCCAAAAGAGCACCAAAAAUCGUUGGAUAUGUAUUGGAGACCUAAAUCGGAGCCCAUAUCAAGCCUUCAGAAGUGGUGGAUUCAUUUGUACCCAGAAUUGGCGUAUUUACCAAGCAUUUCAAAGAUUAGUUUUAUAUUAUGAGAACUGUAACUAAACUUGGUGAAGGGACCCAUGUACUAUCAAUGUGAACAUUGAUAAUGGAUCUUCUUCCGUUAGAUCCAUUCUUUAUAUAUUAAAAGCCUGUGAAUUCACUUUAGUCUACAUAUCAUCAAAUAAAACACUUUUCUCCCAUGUUCA